CCCUGCAAGGUUGAGGGUGCAGCUGAAAUAGAUCGGAUGCCUUUUCUUCUCUCUUUUAUUGACUGCGGCAGCCAGCAGCCUUGGGGCACUGGGAGCGAGCGAGAGCGAGAGUGGGAGUGGGAGAGGGUGGAGCGCGGCAGCCGAGAAAGCAGAUUGCGAGUCAGCGAUCCUUCUCCGGGCACAAGCGUGUUUGGUCUCCCUGCAACGAAGGAGGGGAGGCGGCGUCUAUCGUUUGUUGCGCAGGCGUCCUGCCUCUUACACACUUCUAAUGCCGUUCCAUGGCGUUUGCUCUCAGCAGCACUCGGAGCCCAACCUGGACGACAACUCUCUGUAAAGUCCUGGGAAAACCGUGUCGCCGGAGAGGAGCCGCGAUCAGCUCCGUGCUGAGAAUGUGACUUCCUGCCGAUGAAGCUGAGCUUGCAGCAAGGUUGAUGUCAGCUAGCGACCAUGGACGCUGGAUUACUGCUCUAUAACAAUCUGAAAGAUGUGAAAUGGAGCACGACGUCUCUGCCACUAGACCGGCUGGUCAGCUCCUACCGGCUGCCGCAGAUCGUCAGGCUGGACAGCGGGGAAUCAGUUGAAGGCCUCAGAGAGAAUGACUAUAUCUUACUUCACUCCUGUCGGCAGUGGACGACCAUCACUGCCCAUAGUCUUGAAGAGGGUCAUUACGUCAUUGGGCCAAAAAUAGAAAUCCCAGUGCAUUAUGGAGGUCAAUUUAAGCUUCUAGAGCAAGACCGGGACAUAAAGGAGCCUGUGCAGUAUUUCAACAGCGUGGAGGAGGUGGCAAAAGCAUUUCCAGAGCGGGUUUACGUCAUGGAGGAGAUAACAUUCAACGUUAAGGUUGCCUCAGGGGAAUGCAACGAGGACACCGAAGUUUACAACAUCACACUAAGCACGGGCGAUGAACUUACUCUGAUGGGGCAGGCAGAGAUCUUGUACGCCAAAACAUCAAAGGAGAAGUCUCGACUCAAUACCAUCUUUAAGAAGAUUGGGAAGCUGAACUCCAUCAGCAAGCUGGGCCGAGGCAAGAUGCCAUGUCUCAUCUGUAUGAACCACAGGACCAACGAGAGUAUCAGUCUGCCCUUUCAGUGUAAAGGCCGCUUCAGUACCCGUAGCCCCUUGGAGCUUCAGAUGCAAGAAGGGGAGCACACCAUUCGCAAUAUCGUUGAGAAGACUAGGCUCCCAGUCAAUGUCACGGUGCCCAGCACACCCCCCCGGAAUCAGUAUGAUCUGCAUCUCAUCCGAGAGGGCCACCGUUAUAAAUUUGUCAACAUUCAGACAAAGACGGUGGUCGUCUGUUGUGUGUUGCGCAGCAACAAAACUUUCCCCACGCAUUUUCCUUUGCAUUUGACUGUGCCCAAGUUUUGUAUUGCCGAGGGCCUGCUCAAAAAUGAGGCCUGGUAUGACACUAUGGUCCACCAUUGGUUUAGUUUUUGCCAAGAACAAUUUGAUAUCGAUGAGUAUUCUAAAGCUGUACGGGAUGUGAGGGCUGAUUGGAAUGAGGACUGCAAAAGUCCAAAGAAGAACAACUCUUGUCCAGGCCAUAGUCAUAUGCCGAGCUCUCUGAGCUACGCACGUGAUGAACUGACCCGAUCCUUCCACAGACUCUCAGUUUGUGUAUAUGGAAACAAUUUGCAUGGGAACAGUGAGGUGAACCUUCAAGGGUGCAAAAACUUUUGUGGGGAUUGGGCUGUGCUUCCUCAUGAUCACUUAAAUUACAGUGACUCGGGGGACAGUGGGAGUGAUUACCUUUUCCCAGAGGUGACUGAGGAACCAGGGCAGAUACUUUCCUCAAAGUCUGAUCUCCCUUAUGAAGAACUGUGGCUGGAUCAGUGCAUGGGGAAGCAGUCUGGCCAGACAAGCUUUGGUUCUUUUCCUGAGAAGAACAAAAGCGAAGGUACCAGAGACCCAAUUCGGCUAAAGCCAGCUCCUCCGCCUGUCUCAAGUCAAACCAGCGCUGCUAAGAUUUCCGAAAUUUCACUACCUCCGCCUCCAGUGCCUCCAAAGUCUGAAGCUGUUAAAGAAGAAUGCCGACUGCUGAAUGCUCCACCUGUGCCCCCUCGCAGCUCUAAGCCCUCUUCCACAAGUCCGUCUGUCCCCGCACGAACGGUUAAGCUCAGAAAGCAGCAGACACGUUCUCCUAGCCCUACUCUGUCGUAUUAUUCUUCAGGACUUCAUAACAUCAUUGUCACAGAGGGUGAUGCACCCCAAUCAACUGAACAGAAUCCCGUCUGCUACCCAUGCAACUGGAUGAAGUCUGAAAUCACGGAGAGUGAGCAGAAGUCACCAUUUGGAAGCCCUACCCUUGACAGCCUUUCUUCCAGAUCAUCCUGGCCCAACACGUUUUGUGGCGCAACAGACUGUGAUGGUACUAAUGAUUUCUCCUCGGUUCAGUGUCGAAGUUAUUACAGCUACCCUCGACAAAAAACACCCGGUACCCCAAAAGCCAAUGUUCCAGCUCCUUUUGAUUUUUCGGGAAUUGAGUCUCUGGAAGAGCGCCUUUCUCCGCCAGCACAAGAGGGAACAACGAGUGUUAUCCCGGGCUGUCCCAAAUCUGCAAGUUGCUCACUUGAUCUGUUCCCCGAGAAACCUUUAUCAGACAGUACCACCAAACAAAGUCAGUCAUGCCCAACGUUACCUCCACGAGUUCCCAAACUGAAAGAGGAGAAACCGUUCAGUGAAGGACAACCCUUGCCAAUGGCCAUUGAUGGAGCAGAAGAAACUCUGUCUUACUCAUCCGAUGUACUGAAGGAUAACGGUCUCGGUAAUAAGGGCGCACCCGAAAUCUUUUCAAUUUCAUACCCCUUUUCGUCCCCCUUGCACCUUCAGUUAGCCCCUAGAUCAUGUGGAGACGGCUCUCCCUGGCAGCCUCCCUCAGACUUGUCAGGUUUGUCCAUCGAAGAGGUGUCGAAAUCUCUUCGCUUUAUCGGCCUCUCCGAAGAUGUCGUGUCUUUGUUCUUCACGGAAAAGAUUGACGGCAAUUUGCUUGUCCAGCUUACUGAAGAAAUUCUAUCUGAGGACUUUAAGCUGAGCAAACUUCAAGUUAAAAAACUCCUGCAGUUCAUCAGUGGCUGGAGGCCAAAAAUGUAACCACAUAAUAAACAUUUUCUUUUUUUUUUUUUUACAGAAGAUAACAAGUAAAUAAAUACAUGCUGCAAAUGCUGAGUUUCUGUCAGCUUUCAGUGUUGCACUAAACUACUUUGUAUUACGAAAAACUGAAAAUGGUGCAAAGGUACAAGUCUAUGCAGAAUCGGCUCCAGCUCUUUGGAACUGCUUGGAAAACAAGUGUCAGUAUCUGAUAAGUGUGCCUUGCACACAACUGGAAAAUUGGGAACACGAGGCAUUCUAUACAUUAGGAACUAAUAAUAUGUGUACCCCAGGUAACAAAAAAUAAAGAGUUGUAUUUGUUAGACACAACCAAAGCUUUGUACAAAGGAAAACUGUUUUUGUUUUGUUUUUUCCUCCUGGGAAAA